AUGACUUUUGACUUUGAAGAAAGACACGGUGAUUUGUUUCAAUGCAUCACACCCACUGCUAGUAUCUUCAUUGGUGUAAGCGAGGACAUGAAGCUGUCCAAUAAAUCGUUUAGACAAAAGAUUAGCAACCAGCUGUCCAUGGUACAGGCACAAAAGAAGAGCGUAGGACAAGUAGCCUCUAUUGCUCAUGGCCAACGUCAUUUCUUCUUUCUCAUCACAAGACAGAAAUCAUACAACAAACCAAGCUAUGCAGAUUUUGAAAUGUGUUUGGUCGAGCUGCGUAAACAAUGCGAGAAAUUGGGCGUGUUGAAUCUGGCUUUUCCAAGGGAAUUGGACGCAGGAUUACAGGAGAAAUAUGUCAAAGAGGCCCUGUUUACGGUAUUCAAUGGUUGGCCUGGAAAGUUGGUCAUGUUUUAUGCCGCUGAUGCUUAG